CUCACCCGUUCGUCAUCCACAACAGAUUACAAAUCCAGAAUAUAUACCCAAUAAAGAGCCAUGCUCCAUCUCCAUAUCCAUUUGAACACCGCAUGGAACUAUUGUCUCAUAUUUCCUCUAUGGCUUCCCUAGUAUCGGCGAAGAAACCCCUUCGCGUUGCCCUAAUUGGGCUCUCCUCUUCCGCAACUACAUCAUGGGCCUCAGCCGCCCAUCUUCCCGCGCUCAAGACACCCGCUGGCCUCUCACGAUUCACCAUCGUAGCCCUAUGCAAUAGCAGCGUUGCUGCUGCUCAGACCGCUAUCAAAGCCUACGACCUCGCGCCAACCACCAAGGCAUACGGCUCCCCAGAAGAUCUGGCCAAUGAUCCCGAUAUCGACCUUGUGAUUUGCAACACACGAGUCGACAAGCACUACGAGACCGUCUUACCGAGUAUCAAGGCUGGAAAAGAUGCGUACAUCGAGUGGCCCAUUGCCUCAAAUAAGGCUCACAUCGAUGAGUUGGCGAAGCUGGUAAAAGCGAAGGGCAGCAGGGUUGCGGUUGGACUACAAGGAAGACUCGCCCCUCCGGUGCUUAAGCUCAAGGAGAUUAUUGAAACCGGAGAACUCGGCAAAGUGCUGAGCAGUGAAAUUCAGGAAUAUGGCGGUACUAAUUCGAGAGAAUUCUUGCCCCCUGGGUUGCAGUAUUUCGCCAAGCGGGAAAUUGGCGGGAACCCCAUUACCAUUGGAUUCGGGCACAUUGUCGAUCUUGUUCAAUCAGUGUUGGGAGAUCUAGUUCCAGGUUCAGUGGCUGCGCGUCUCCAGCUCCAACGUCCUGAUGUCCGGAUUCGGGAUCCCAAAAUCGGUGAAAUCGUCGAGACGAUUCGUUCAGAUGUUCCUGACUUGAUCUCGUUACACGGAGCCCUUCCAACGUCACCUCGUACGCAGCCCUCGGCUACUUUGUCAUUCUUUUUCCGGCGCGGUGCACCAUUUCCCGGGGAUCCCGCCCUGACGUGGACUAUCACUUGCCAAUUGGGAGCGAUUCGGCUCGUUGCUCCCUCCGGUACUUCGCUUGGAGCAGGCGGCUACGAUGAGCCUGUCAGAAUUCACAUCCAUAAAUUUGACAAAGACGUGGUAGAUGAGGUCCCAUGGGAGUGGGAUGAGCUGCAAGAGGAGGUCCCCAUUAUGGGAAGGAGUGUUCUGAGGCACCUGUUCAACUUUGCUGAUGGCUUGGAAGAAGGGAAAGGAUGGGUUGGAAUUGAAGCUGCGGCGAAGAGAGCGGAUCAGAUUGAAGGGUGGCUAAAAGACGCCAGGUUUUAGAGGUUGAAGAUGAACAGAUCCAGGAUAAAGCGUUGGCAAUCUGCAAGACUGUUGCGGUGGACAUACAGUACUAUGACACAAGUUUGGGCAUUCCUUGCAACUGCGUGGGGUACCUCGAUAGGCUUCGCAACCUCUAAAUACGAUGUAAAACUCUACGCAGUGGAAAUAGGGCUACCGUUUGACUGACAGAAGACGAGUUGGCUGGGUUCCUCCUUACCGUGGUGCCUAAGUAGCAAGAAAAGAGGCAGAAUACAUCUACUUUUUGCUAAUAUGUUUUAUAGACCUCAAGUACGAUAAAAAGGCUGAUGCAUAUGGAAUUAGGUUACCUUUGAAA